GAUGAGGAGGGAGCUCGCAUGUUCCUCUCUGACUCUUUUUUUAAAACUGACUCAGUCCUGAUUCUCAGAUGAAAUGAGAAAUUUGACAGUCUCAAUUAGUCUUUAGUUCGUGGCAUUGUAAGGAAAGAAUUAUUUUUUAAUCGUUUUUCGCUUUAUUAGAUUUUUUUUCGAUCAUUUACAACGCGUUUGAGGUCUGUCGUGCGCACUUAUAACAGAUAAAAUCAAACAUGUAUAUGAAUUUACAGCGCGAUAUUAGUAGAUGGAUAUGACAUUUUAACUCUUCAGUUGCUCUAAACAGAUAGGCUAGACCAACUGGAAUUGACCAACACCACUGUGAUUUUUACCUCGAAUGUACAAUGUAAUCUCGUGUUAGAGUGAAUGAGCUUUAUGAUCACAUAUAGAGGAGAUAGAUAUCCUAUAGAUGUGUGAUCUUCAGCGGGUUUCUGUAGGAUGUCGCGUCGCAAACAAGCCAAACCAAGAGCUCUGAAAGUAGAAGACAAUGUGACAGAAGAGCAACAGAGCCACAGGCAGUCUGCUAUUUUAAACGAUCCAGACGCUGUUGCUGAGAUUGAGUCAAAGGAUGAAGGAAAUGGCCAUCUGAGGAGCCAGAUCUGUCCCGAAGAGGAGGAAGAAGAGGAGGAAGAGCAGGUGUUUGAGCCCCUGAGCACUCUCAUUCCACACAAGACUCAUCAGUGUCACCUCACAGAUGGAACUGAUAUAGAAGAUGACCCAUCCUGCUCUUGGCCUGCAUCCUCGCCAUCUAGUAAAGACCACACAUCUCCAGGCCAUGUCGAUGACUAUGAAUAUGGUGAGGAUGAAGGAGGUGCCGGCCUACCCUACCCAUGCCAGUUUUGUGCAAAAUCUUUCAGUCGCCUGAGCUUCCUUAAGUGCCACGAACAGAGUCACAGAGAUAAACUUCCUUUCAGCUGCACAUACUGCAGUCGCUUGUUCAAGCACAAGCGCAGCCGUGACCGACACAUCAAGCUUCACACUGGUGACAAAAAGUAUCACUGCGGAGACUGUGACUCUGCAUUCUCACGCAGUGAUCAUCUAAAGAUCCAUAUGAAAACACACGCUGCCAACAAGCCCCAUAAAUGCCCAGUGUGCCGCCGUGGGUUCUUGUCCACCAACUCACUUCAUGGACACAUGCAGGUGCAUGAACGUGGGAAGGAUGGAGCGAAAGGAAUGUCUCCUCAAGAGUGGAGGUUAAAAGAGACACGCAAAUGCAGCCGCUGUGAGGAGGGUUUUGAUAUGCCUGAGGAACUGCAGAAGCACAUUGCAGAAAGCCACCCAGAGUGUUCUUCUCCUGUAGGAGGGAGUCUAGAACCUGGUCUGCAGUGCAUUUAUUGCCACGAGCCGUUCACUGAUGAGGGAAUGCUUCUAAGCCACAUCGAUCAGGUGCAUGGAAGAGACCAGAAGAGCAACACAUGCACUGUGUGCUUUGAGCACUUCCCCACUGUAGAGGAGCUGUACACUCACAUGGAUAUUCACCAACUACCAGAGUCCAGCAAUAGCCCUUCCGUGUUGCCUGUAGGUUAUACUUCUGUUUCGAGCACUACCCCAGACUCUAACCUUUCUGUUGACAGUUCAACCAUGGUGGAGACUGUUUCCACAGUCCCCAAGACACGUGGGAGAAGAAAGAGGGCCAUUCAUAAUGAUGUGUAUAGGCGAUCUGCCAAACAGCCAAAAAUUGAAUACAGCUGCAUUUACUGCAACAAACAAGUUUUCUCAAGCCUCGCUGUGCUGCAGAUUCAUCUUAAAACAAAGCAUGUUGACAAGCCAGAGCAGGCACAUACCUGCCAGUUUUGCUUGGAGAUCCUUCCAUCCCUUUGCAAUUUGAACGAACACCUGAAACAGGUUCACAAUGCAGAGGAUCCCUCAGGUGUAAUGGCUAACCUGUCUGAUGGCUUGCUACAGUGCAACUUCUGCCCAGAGGUGCUUGGAGAUCUUAAUGCUCUGCAAGAGCACAUACGGCGCUCACAUGGCUUUCCUAAUCCAGUAGCCAAAGAAAGCAAUGCAUUCUUUUGCCCCAAGUGCUUUAUGGGAUUUUUAACUGAGGCCACUCUAGAAGAACAUGUCAGACAGACCCAUUGUGACUCUGGAAGCUUGCAAUUUGACUCUCCUCUAGCAGUCACUCCAAAAGAUCCUGUUGUGGAGAUCUAUUCCUGCUCUUACUGUACCAACUCCCCCAUUUUUAACAGUGUUCUGAAGCUUAACAAACACAUAAAGGAGAACCACAAGAACAUCCCUCUUGCUCUGAAUUAUAUCAACAAUGGGAGAAGAUCUCUGCGAGUCCUCAGCCCCUCAUCUCCAGUGUCUGUUGAACAGGCCUCACUAUUCAAACAGAACAGCACUUCCUUAUGUUCAAGUGAGUUCAUUUGUAACCAGUGUGGGGCUAAGUACACCAGCUUAGACCUUUUCCAGACACACCUAAAGACCCACCUUGAUGGUGUCGUGCCACAGCUAACCUGUCCACAGUGCAACAAGGACUUUCCUAACCAGGAGUCUCUGCUUAAACAUGUGACUGUUCAUUUCACCAUCAUGUCUACAUACUACACCUGUGAAAGCUGUGACAAGCAAUUCACAUCUGUUGAUGACUUGCAGAAACACCUUCUGGAUAUGCACACAUUUGUGUUUUUUCGCUGUACUCUCUGCCAGGAGGUGUUUGACUCUAAAGUGUCAACUCAACUCCAUCUUGCAGUGAAGCACAGUAAUGAGAAGAAGGUAUACCGAUGUACUUCUUGCAACUGGGAUUUCAGGCAUGAGGCUGACCUUCAAAUGCAUGUCAAACAUAGUCACCUUGAAAAUCAGGGCUGCUCACACCGUUGCAUUUUUUGUGGUGAGUCCUUUGGCACAGAAGUAGAGCUGCAGUGUCAUAUUACCACCCAUAGCAAGAAGUACAAUUGUCACUUUUGUUGCAAAGCCUUCCAUGCUGUCUAUCUGCUUGAACGUCACCUUCGUGAAAAGCAUUGUGUGUUUGAGGGAAAGACCCAGAACUGCAGCACCAAUGGAUCCACGUCAGGUGGUGAUUCAGUUGCCAAAGAUGAUGGAGACUUCCAGGGCUUUCUGACCAACAGCCAUGGAGGAACUGGUCCAGGGGAGUCUCACAACAGUCAGGAUGGCAGUGAAGAAGACUUUGAUACCUCAGAGGUCAUGUAUAGCUGUGACAUCUGUGGUGCAUCCUAUACCAUGGAGUCGCUCCUAACCAAUCACCAACUUCGUGACCAUAACAUUCGCCCAGGAGAGAGUGCUAUGCACAAGAGAAAGGCAGAAAUGAUCAAGGGAAACCACAAAUGCAAUGUCUGCUCUAGAACCUUCUUCUCGGAGGGAGGACUUCGGGAGCACAUGCAAACACACCUAGGGCCUGUCAAGCACUACAUGUGUCCCAUUUGUGGAGAGCGUUUCCCUUCACUACUUACUCUGACAGAACACAAGGUCACUCAUAGCAAAAGUCUGGACACUGGAAGCUGCCGAAUUUGCAGAUUACCUCUGCAGAGUGAGGAAGACUUCCUGGAACAUUGUCAGAUGCAUCCAGAUUUGCGCAAUUCUUUGACUGGUUUCCGUUGUGUUGUCUGCAUGCAGACUGUCACCUCAACCCUCGAACUUAAGAUACACGGCACCUUUCACAUGCAGAAGACUGGAGCAGCAUCUGCAAAUCAACCAACUGCAUGUUCAGCUGCCACACAACUUCAACAUAGUCAAAGCCAGAAAGUUGUCAAGUGUGCUGCAUGUCUCAAAGAGUUCCACUCUAAGCAAGACUUGGUAAAACUUGACAUUAAUGGUUUGACAUAUGGCCUGUGCACACUAUGUGUCAAUGCUGCUGGUAGUAAGAGCUCAACUGUAAAUGGAGGGAAACAGUUGCAUCAAGGGUCUCAAAUGUCAACAGGUCCAACUGCUGGAUGGACCCAAGUGGAGAGCCUUAGCCCUGGUCCUGUGAAGGGAAAGACUGUCUCUUCUUCCUCAUCAUCUUCAUCAGUAUCACCCUCUAUUUCCAAGACCCGUUGUUCCAGCUGCAAUGUUAAAUUUGAGUCAGAGGCAGAGCUUCAAGCACACCUGCAGACAGUACACAGAGACCAAACACCAGAGGGUGCUCAGUUAAGGACUCCCGAGGGCUCCCCCAUGUCACGAGUUAGCCCCACCCAAAGUGACGAGAAGAAGACUUACCAAUGCAUCAAGUGUCAGAUGGUCUUUUACAGUAAAUGGGACAUUCAGGUCCAUGUGGCCAAUCAUAUGCUAGAGGAAGGUCUUAUUCAUGAAUGUAAACUAUGCAGUCAAACCUUCGACUCUCCAGCAAAACUGCAGUGUCACCUCAUCGAGCACAGCUUUGAGGGGAUGGGUGGCACGUUCAAGUGCCCCGUCUGCUUCACAGUCUUCGUGCAGGCGUGUAAACUGCAGCAGCACAUCUUCACCGCACAUGGGCAGGAGGACAAGAUCUACGACUGCUCCCAGUGCCCGCUGAAGUUCUUCUUCCAAACUGAGCUUCAGAACCACAGUCUGAGUCUGCACAGCAGCUAACAGAACUGCCUGGAAUAGAAUCAAGACCCCACCAUGGCCCAAUAAAUAUAUGAAUAUUUGUUUUUGUGUUGCACUCAGCUUUUUGUCAGUCUAAAACAAUUAUAAAGAAAAUUAAGACAGAGGGUAGAAGGGUAGAUGUUUGAUUUUCAGUGUUUAAUAUCCAACCAACCUAUUUGUAAGUAAACCUUCAUGUUUUGCCUUUCCUUUUGCUGUAAAGAGCGUUGAUUUAAUCAUUAAAAUAAAUGUGUUUGAACACUACAAAAGAAACAAAUUGUCAACCAGAUUCAGCUAAUAUGAGGAAUAACUUGGGCUCAUAAAGAUGAUAUCAGAAAAAACAGAGCCUUCAUCACUAGCCCAGCCUGCCUAUGUCUGAUACCACACACCUCAUGUGACCAGAACACCAUGGUCAAAGGUCAAACCUUUGAAUGACAUAAAAUAUAAAGAAUAAUAUGUUGAAUAUAUGCAAAAUCAGAACAAGACAUAAGCAGCAGUAUUCCAUUCCUAAUGAUCUUCUUUUAUUCUGAGGCCAUUACUUCGAGUUAGAGAAACUGCUGUCUAUCUAUGUUGACUUAUGACUUGUACAGUAUAUUUAUGUUAUUAAUGUUUACUGCUUGCUAAAGUCUGGAUGUAUCUGGAUUUUUUUCUUUCUAUAAGAAAGAGGGUGAUAAAUUUAUUCUCUGUUGUCUCUAUUUGUCUCAUUGGGAUGGGCUACACAAAUGCUGUCAGGAGCAUGUCAACGGCUGACUGAUGUGUAUUGCCCUACUCUUACUGUAUCAAUGCUGUGUUUAAUAUGUACAGUAUAUACCAGUUUUACAUAAAAUGAAAUUGACAUGCCCUUUUGCAACACUCCAUACUUUCAUGGAUGUUCUUGUUUUGAGCUGACUACACACUUGAAAAGUAGCAGCUGGACAUUUUAUUAUGAGUUAUGACAUGUCAAUUUAAAACAAAAAUGUUCUAUAAAAAUAUUAACUGAGGUCCGAUUUUGUUGGACCUUUUUGUGUUCUCAUGUGAUGAAAACAUUAAAAUUGUAUGAAGAUA